GAGGCGGAAGUUCAGAGGUGAGGGUGCGAUAAUGAUGUCUUCCGGUGUAAACAGUGAGUUCGCGUCGCGCUCGAUCUGAGGACAAGUAGCUUCAGUUGAGGCGGUUUAACUCGACGGAGGAUGCUCGGAUGUCCUCGCCGCUGAUAUUUACAGUCUCUCCUGUGAACGCGACGCGCUAAAGACGGGGGGAUGCUGUCCGUCAGAGGGCUGUGUUUCCUCCUCACUCUGUUCCUGAGCAGCUUCUUUGGAAGCGUCUUCAUGUUGGGUCCGGUUCUGCCGCUCAUGCUGCUCUCGCCCGCCUGGUACCGCUGGGUCACCGACCGCAUCGUGGCCACCUGGCUCACCCUCCCGGUGGCGCUGCUGGAGCUGGUGUUCAGGGUGAAGGUGGUGAUCACGGGCGACGGCUUCGUUCCGGGCGAGCGCAGCGUCAUCAUCAUGAACCACCGCACGCGUCUAGACUGGAUGUUCCUGUGGUGCUGUCUGCUGCGCUACAGCUUCCUGCGUCUGGAGAAGAUCUGCCUCAAAGCGGCGCUGAAGGCUGUGCCCGGCUUCGGCUGGGCCAUGCAGGUGGCCUCCUUCAUCUUCAUCCGGCGGCGCUGGGAGGAAGACCGCAGUCACAUGGCCAACAUGCUGCAGUACUUCUGCCACAUCAAGGAGCCGCUGCAGCUGCUGCUGUUCCCCGAGGGCACCGACCUCACCGAAAACACUCGCGCCAGGAGCGAUGAGUUUGCUGAGAAAAACGCUCUUCCCAAGUACGAGUAUGUUCUUCAUCCUCGCACCACCGGCUUCACUUUCAUCGUCAACACGCUGCGGAAAGGUGAUAACCUGGACGCUGUGCACGAUAUAACGGUGGCGUAUCCUCAGAACAUCCCUCAGACGGAGCGGCACCUGCUUCUGGGUCUGUUCCCCGCGCGAGAGAUCCACUUCCACGUGCGGCGUUUCUCUGCAGCGUGUCUGCCCUCGAGCGAGGAGCGGCUGCAGCGGUGGUGUCAGGAGCGCUGGCGAGAGAAAGAGCAGCGUCUGCGGGACUUCUAUCGCUCCGAGCCGUGCCGCUUCGACGAGCCCGAGGCCCGCGUGCCGCCCUGCAAGAGCGAGCUGAGAGUGACGCUGAUCAAAGCCGCCUCGCUGCUGUACUGGAGCGCCUUCAUCUCGCUCUGCUGCGCCGGCCUGUGGCUCUGGACCCCCCUCAGACUCUACUUCCUGCUGAUGGUGAUCUUCUUCCUGGGGCAGCAGCGGGUGACGGGCGGCGUGGAGCUGAUGGAGCUGGCGUGUCACCGGCGCUGGAGCGGAGCCCAGGUGAAGCAGGACUGAGACAGGUGCGCAGGAGAACAUGACUCUAUAAACACACAGCGCACGCCAGCCUCCUCUCUGAACUCCUUCAGGUCUUCGUGUUUCUCGUGUGUUUCAUCCUGCUUUAGUAGCUCGGGUUAUCCACUUAAAGCCAUAUUUUAAAGAAUUAUGAUGUUUUAUUUGGUGUGCAGUGCUGGCCAAAAUGAUCAGAACACUAAUAUUUCCAGCAGAUAAAACUGGUUUAAGUCAGUUAUCUCUAUCUUCUGCUGUAGUGUGUCAGAAGGAAAUAUCAGUUAAUGUUAAUAAUGCAGUGAGAUGUUUGUG